GGCUCUCCCCUCUCUCUCUCUCUCCCCCCCCCCCCUUCUCUCUCUCUCUGCAUUUUCCCCCUGCAAGUCCUCUGAGCCUGCAAAUUUCACCGCUUCCGCCAUUGAAGGUCCAGUCGAAGCAAAGGCAUCACAUUCUUCCAGAUACUCGCUUGCACACAAAUGGACAGGACAAUGCUGGUGCCUCCAUGGCUAGAACAAUUGCUCACCACAUCAUUCUUCAGAGUCUGCCGUACACAUGGAGACGCCGCCAGAAGUGAGUCCAACAUGUUCUGCUUAGAUUGCAGUGGAGAUGCUUUCUGCUUUUAUUGCCGGUCCUCCAGACACAAAGAUCACCAAGUGAUUCAGAUAAGGAGAUCUUCAUACCAUGAUGUGGUGAGGGUUUCAGAAGUUCAGAAGGUAUUGGACAUAACCGGAGUUCAGACAUAUGUCAUAAACAGCGCCAGAGUUAUGUUUCUGAAUGAGAGGCCUCAGCCUAAGGCUGGGAGUAAAGGAGCUUCCCACAUUUGUGAAACCUGUGGCAGAAGCCUCUUGGACCCUGUUCGUUUCUGCUCACUCGGCUGCAAGCUUGCGGGAAUAAAUAGAAAUGGGGAUGCAAACUUUACCUUAGAGGCAAAGAAUGAGGAGGCAAUGGGGGGAAGAGAAGAGUUGCGUGAAGGCUCACAACAAGACAUAUGCCCGCCCACGCCGCCUCCACCUCCUUCCACAACAAGAAGAAGAAAAGGCAUUCCUCAUAGGGCACCCUUUGGCUCCUAAUUUGCACAAAUGCCCUCCCUUCCAACUUCAACCAUAUUAUUGUUAACAAAAAUGUUAUUCUUACCAUCUAGUUGUAACAUUAUUUGUAUCAUCUCUCUAAUAGAAAUAAGAUCUGCAUAUGUUGACGGGCUCUACCUCUAUUAGAGAGAUAGUGCAAAUGAUGAUACAAAUAGAUGAUAAGUGUAGCAUUACUUUGUUUCCAGCCCAGUAUUGCAGUCCCUUUGUCCAAGAAAGUGAAGGGUGCAAACUAGAAAGCCAUUGGAAUUUGGGGGACAUGGAUGUCAAAUGAAUAUAAAUGGGGUAUAUUGGUAUUGGGGUAUAGGAAGAAGAUAAAAAGAUGUUCCUUUUGGGUUUUGGGUCCCAAAAAAAAAGAAAAUAAAAACUAUAAAUUCUCUCAAUUGUGAAGAAAGAUGCAAUAAUGCAUAAUUGUUAUUGAUAGUUGGAAGGUGUACAUGUCAAUUAAGAAAUUGAAAGCAAGUCUUUUGGAAUCCAAUUUUAUAGUUUUCGUGGGUCCACCCACCACAUGGGCCGUUUACGUAAGGAAACAUCUUUGUAUUGUUUAAUUCAAGUAAUGGCAAUGGGGCUAAUCAGCUUUAUA